UUCUCUUUGAGUAUGGAGACACUGGAGGAAGCUGAACUCUGCUUUCCACAUCUCCUGAACGCCUCAUGCAAAAGGCAAUUGCAGCAUCUUGGUCCAACUGUUAUUAUUGACAUCAUCCUGUCGUGCAUCUCUUUGCUCACUGUGAUGCUGAAUCUGCUCGUCAUCAUCUCUAUCUCCCACUUCAGGCAGCUCCACACCACCACCAACCUCCUCCUCCUCUCUCUGGCUGUGGCAGACUUGCUCGUUGGCCUCCUGCUGAUGCCGGGGCGAAUGAUCCUCAUGACUGGCUGCUGGUUUUUGGGGAGCUUGAUUUGUGGUCUGUUUAACUAUCUGACUUAUAUUCUUACAUCUGCAUCAAUCGGAACUGUGGUUCUCAUAUCAGUUGACAGAUAUGUGGCCAUUUGUGACCCUUUGUCUUACUCGACCAAAGUCACUCACCAGCGAGUUAAAAUGAGUAUUUGUCUGUGUUGGGCCUGUUCUCUGUUCUAUAAUGGUGUAAUGCUACACGUCUUCCUGGAAAAACCAGACGCACAUAACUCCUGCUAUGGAGAGUGUGUAGUUGUAAUUGACUUCAUAACAGGAGCUAUUGAUCUUGUUUUGACCUUUCUUGGCCCGAUUGCUGUCAUCGUAGUUUUGUAUAUGAAAGUAUUUGUGGUGGCUGUGUCUCAGGCUCGAGCCAUGAGGUCUCAUAUUACAACUGUCACAGUCCAGGGCUCAGUUACUGUCACGGCUAAGAAAUCUGUGAUAAAAGCAGCAAUGAUUCUUGGUAUUGUUGUGGUUGUCUUUGUGAUAUGUUUCUGUCCAUGUUUUUAUAUCGUUCUCACAGACACGCCACCAAGUUUAGCUUUUUCAAAUUUUGCACUCUGGCUUGUUUAUUGUAACUCCUGCAUCAAUCCAGUGAUCUAUGCCUCUUUCUAUCCCUGGUUUAGGAGAUCUAUCAUACUCAUUGUUACACUUCAGACACUUCAGCCCCACUCUCGUGACUCACGCAUAAUGAACAAAUGCUGAACAAUCAUGUAUGUAAGCAUGUAUUAACUUAGGUGGUGAAUUAAUGUGGUGGUGAAAUGUGGAAAGUUGAAAUAUAUGUUGUUUUUUUUAAGUUCCCAUUUUAUUUGUAUUUGAAUACUGUUUGUGUGAUUCACACAUGUUGGAGAAAUACCUUCAGCAUCUUUUUCUUCACAUUGUCAAGACAUAUUUAUGUAUUUUGAGGUG